GGGGGGGGACGGGACCAGGUAACGACCCAGAUGGAGCGAGGGUCGCCUGCGCCGCGGAGGGGUAGGGGUCAGAGUCUAGAGAGGGUCUCGCUGUAACCCCCUUUCGCCGUAAACACCGAGCGCCGGAUUCGGAGGAGAAGGGUGGGAGGAGUUAAAUUCUUGGCUGGGUUGGGGGGCGUUCUUGUGGGCGCCACGCCCCUACAGGAAGGAAGGGCGCGCGGGCGCGUGCGUGAGCGUGUGAGUGUGUCUAUGUGUUUAGGAAUAAACUUAGAAGGGAGGGGGCGGCCCGGGGUGAGCCACUGGACUGAAAAAUCGGAACGUCACUGGGGAUAUUGCUGGUAUGACUCGGGCCUCUAACAUGUCAGGAGCGUGCUCUCGGGAGUCGCCCCGGGAAGGAGUUUGACGGAGAUCGGGAAUUACAUCCCUGGCACAGUUUUGGAAGCAGAGGGGGAGGUGCGGGUGAAGGGAAGAGAGCAAAGAAUGCUUGUAGAAGGUGUCAGCAUCUAGGUCUGGAAUGGAUUUAGUUCAGAAUGGGAGAGCUGGCCGAUUAAAACACUGCACACCCUAAGAAGCUUGGGAGAUGUAGGGCGAUUAGUGUGUGGCACUAACAAGGCGAGAACAGGAGGAGAAUGAAUGUUCUUUCCUGUAUUUCUUAGCAGACAGUCUCCACACACCAGGGCUUUUGGUGACUUUUCUGUAGUGCGAUUAGGUGCUGUCUUUCCUUUAUCUUGAGCCUUAUAUGUGUAUACAUGUUGAUGAAGUGACUGUUUUGGGGUGCAAUAUGUGAGGUAGGUACUUUGUAUAUAUAACCUUGUGGAGUGUUUAAGGAAGGGUUUUUGAUGACAGAGCAAAGGAGUCUAAUUUAGGUAGGGAGUCUUAGGAAUCUCUAUGUAAUGGAUUAGAGAGUGUCAUGAUGUUUAAAUAUUCUGCAGGUUAACACGGAAAUCAGCCUCCUGGGCCAUGCGGGUUCUAAGGCCUGUUUCCUCUCAUGAGCCUCAGCAGAAGACCGACUCGCCAGUCCUCACAGUGGAUGACUUCCCCUCCCCGAACAGGAGAUGGGAUAGUACCUGGGAUCUGCCUAUCACCAGACUCUGGGCUUAAUAAACCAGCUGAAUGAAGGAAUGUAAUAGACCUCUGGGAGGGACACGGAAGCCUGCAGUGGGGGGGGAGGGGCCUGGACAUACCCCUUCCCCCCCAGACUCCUCCCCCUCAGAGUCCACUCAGCCAUGGACUUUGGACCUGGACAAGAGGAGAGAAGCUGCACUUUGUUUGGUGUAUCUGAUUUGGGAUUCUCAGUUUGGAAAUGGAGUGCUGAAUGGGGGUUUGAUGAUCUGCAGGGGAGCAGCUGAGAGAAGAGAAGAAAGGAGUCCCUGAGUCCCCCAGUGGCCUGAGGGCUGGGCAGGCUAACCUGGGUGGAGUUCUUGGCCCUAGAUGUUUCUUCUCUAGUCUGAUGCCUGAGGUAGCCCCUUUGAGGCCAGGCUUCUACUUUAGAAGGUCUGAAUUUCAGGGUGGGCCUGUCACCUCCGCUAGCUUUGUCCAGCAAAUUCCUGGUGCUAGUCUUUGCAUAGACACCGGGAUCACAGUGAUCCCUCAGGGAUGCGUGGUCCCAGGAUGCCUCUACAGCCCUUAUCCUGCCUGGGAGGCCUGGGAGUGCUUCAAAGCACUUGAAGUACCACAAAGUCCUGCUGUAUUUGUACAGUGCUUACAUUAUGUGAAGUGUCCAGGCUGUUGUGUUGUGUCAGUUUUCUGUCACCACAUUGUUGUGAGGAGAACAGAGCAGGGAUUAUUCUCCCAGUUUGAUACGUGAGGGGGAGCUACAGAGCCCUGAGCAGGAAGGGCUUGCCUAAGUGUGGAGUGGCAGAUGCUGUGAUCGCCUGUCCAGUGCUGUGCUGCUUCUAUAGCAUCUGACCUGAGAAGGGCCAUCCAGAUUCUGCUGCAAACCUCCGAGGAGGGGAACCGAAGUGUCCUGUCAGACAGCCUCUCUGGUGCAUGGCUGCUUCCUAAUCCUGGAGCCCAGAGGAAGCAUCCCUAGAAGUGCGGGGGUGUGAGCCAGGCAAGCCAAGGGCAGCCUUGAGCCCCACCCUUGCCUGCCUCCCCUGCGGGGGCCAGGAUGCUGAAGAAGCAGUCUGCAGGGCUUGUGCUGUGGGGCGCCAUCCUCUUUGUGGCCUGGAAUGCCCUGCUGCUCCUCUUCUUUUGGACGCGCCCAGCGCCUAGCAGGCUGCCCUCAGACAGUGCUCUCGAUGACGACCCUGCCAGCCUCACCCGUGAGGUGAUCCGCCUGGCCCAGGACGCUGAGGUGGAGUUGGAGCGGCAGCGGGGGCUGUUGCAGCAGAUCAGGGAGCACCAUGCUAGGUGGAGCCAACGGUGGAGGGUACCCACUGUGGCCCCGCCUGUCCCGCCGCGAGUGCCUGUGACCUCUCUGCCAGCUGUGAUCCCCAUCCUGGUCAUCGCCUGUGACCGCAGCACUGUCCGGCGCUGCCUGGACAAGCUGCUGCAUUAUCGGCCUUCAGCUGAGCACUUCCCUGUCAUCGUCAGCCAGGACUGUGGGCACGAGGAGACAGCCCAGGUCAUCGCCUCCUACGGCAGUGCUAUCACACACAUCCGGCAGCCUGACCUGAGCAACAUCGCGGUGCCACCCGACCACCGAAAGUUCCAGGGCUACUACAAGAUUGCUCGGCACUACCGCUGGGCACUGGGCCAGGUCUUUCACAAGUUCAAGUUCCCAGCGGCUGUGGUGGUGGAGGAUGACCUGGAGGUGGCUCCAGACUUCUUUGAGUACUUCCAGGCCACGUACCCACUGCUGAGGGCUGACCCCUCCCUCUGGUGUGUGUCUGCCUGGAAUGACAAUGGCAAGGAGCAGAUGGUGGACUCGAGCAAGCCCGAGCUGCUCUACCGCACAGACUUUUUCCCAGGCCUGGGCUGGCUGCUGUUGGCCGAGCUCUGGGCUGAGCUGGAGCCUAAGUGGCCCAAGGCCUUCUGGGACGACUGGAUGCGCCGGCCCGAGCAGCGGCAGGGCCGGGCCUGUGUGCGGCCUGAAAUCUCCAGAACGAUGACCUUUGGCCGCAAAGGUGUGAGCCAUGGGCAGUUCUUUGACCAGCACCUCAAGUUUAUCAAGCUGAACCAGCACUUCGUGCCCUUCACCCAGCUGGACCUGUCGUACCUGCGACAGGAGGCCUAUGACAGGGCUUUCCUUGCACGUGUCUACGGUGCUCCCCUGCUGCAGGUGGAGAAAGUGAGGACCAGUGAGCGGAGUGAGCUGGGGGAGGUGCGGGUGCAGUACACGAGCAGGGACAGCUUCAAAGCCUUUGCCAAGGCCCUGGGAGUCAUGGAUGACCUCAAGUCUGGUGUCCCCAGAGCUGGCUACCGGGGCAUCGUCAGCUUUCUGUUUCGGGGCCGCCGUGUCCACCUGGCCCCACCCCAAACCUGGGACGGCUAUGAUCCUAGCUGGAAUUAGCUGCACCUGCCUGUCCCUCCUGGGCCCCCUCCUUGCCACAUCAUGGCCUAAGAUGGGAUCGCAGUCCUUGGGCUGCAUUGUCCUCUCUCUGUUUCUCUCUUGGGUCCAUUUAUCUUCAUUUUUUUUUUUCCUUUCUUCGAGUGGCAUUCAAGUGCACAGAUGAUGAGGUGAGGGUUAUUCUGUUCUCAAGGGGGUCAAAUCGGGAAUCUUCCUGGGGUAUGUUGGGGGAGUAUUAAGCAGGAAACCACUGUGUGGUGGGGAGAGACUUGGGUUUGUUGGGGCCACAAACAUCCAUGUUCCAGGUUUUCUCCUACGGCAUCUGAGGAGAGGUUGGCAACUUAAGUUCUCUUGAUCAGGCCUCUUUUCCCUGUCCUGGCUCUUCCAGCCAGAGUAUGAGCCCUCCUCCUGUACCUGUCCCCCACCAUCUUCACUUUCCCCCAGUUGGAGCAAGGUGGGGGGCUGGGUUAUGUGAGAAGGAGACAUAUUUGUAGCCAAAAUGAGAAUAACCAAAGGGGUUUCAUCAUCAUCAGGGUGUGGGUGGAGCUGUUAGGUUGUCAGGGUUUACUGCCUCCUGACUGUAUUUCUCUUCUUCUCCUCUCACCUUUAUCCCUGACCUCCUCUCAGCUCUCAUUUCCCUGCAGCCUAGCAAUUCAUGCUUCUAAGAUGAAAUGGUUAAGGGGAAAAGUGGAACCUCUUCUCAGCUCACCCGCUGUGGUUGGGGGAGAGCCUUGGAUGCUGGGGCACCCCACUCUCAUCCUUCGUCCAAGAAACAGACUGCUCCCCCAUCCCAUCCUUUCUGAAAACCAAUCCUUCCUCUGUUGCUCUAGGGUGGUUCAUGCUAACCUGGCCUGUGGCUUCUGGAGGCCCUCUCAGUGUGAGAUAGAGCAGCCAAGACCAUUCAACCCAGCCUCCCUCCCUCCCUCCUCCCUCAAGCAUUCCUGUGUGCAUAGAUUAGGAUGCAGAUGGCGGGUUGGAGAGCAACGUGUGUGUUCUUGUUUCGUGCCUGACCUCAGUUCGUGGAAGAAGCUACAGAAUUAUUUUCAAAAAUAAAGUAAAGACUGAAUUGUCUGAAAAA